AUCACUGGCCAAAGCGUAUCAUCUCUUCACAGACUUAAAGACAUUAAUAACGAAGAUGGCGGUUUCUUCGUGUUCGGAGACAUUUCAAUCCGUGUGCUGGGAAGGCACAAGCUCAACUUCAGUCUGUUCGAGCUCAGAAAGGAUACUGGAGAGGUUGUCUUCCUCAAGUCCAUCACAUCCGAGCCCUUCAACGUGGUGCAGGCGAAGCAGUGGCAGGGCCUUGUUGAAUCCACGCAUCUCUCCAGAACCUUCUCGGACCAGGGCGUGCGACUCCGCUUGCGCAAAGAGAAUCGC